AUGGUUCUCUUCGACGAAGACCCGGUCUCGCUGAUCUCCGAAACCACCAACCAAUUCCACAUCGCGCCAGACAAGGACUCGCUAUCGCGCAUCUCAGUCUCCCUUUCUCAGCUGCAACAGACGCGACAAGGCCGUCUCAAUGAUCAUCAUGCGCUUCUCAAGAAUUUGUCGAGGCGACUCAACACGCUCCGGUCACAACAACACUUCGAAGAGGAACGGCAUGAUGCCGGUCAUCACGCGAGCGAAAUGCUGAGGCUUGACACGGAGAAGUUUCGAAUCGCGAAGGGAGUAAGCGAUGCGGAGAUUGAGGCUGAGAGACUGGGCAGCGAGUUGGCGAGUUUGAAGGCGCAGCUAGAGAUCUUGGAGAGUGAAGGUGUCGAAGGCGGGAGGAGGAGUGGUGGUGAUGCUGAGGACGAGGUUGUCCUAAAACUUCAAUUCUACCGAUCACUCGGCAUUGACGCCUCGCAAGACCCAGCAACAGGCGAGUUCAAUCGAGCCGUCAUCCGCAACACCGCUCGAGGAGAUGUGAACGUUGUCAAUUUCGACAACAAAAUAAGCCGGAGCUUUUAUGCAAACAUGUUUUGGGACACCUUAUAA